UUCUCCCGCCCUGUCUGUGACUGACGGCGAGCCGGACCAAAGAGGUGCAAGAGGCGGAGGUUAUGCAAAUGUAGCGCGGUGAUGUGAAAGAGAUGCUCUCAGCGAACAGAGCAGCACUUACGCUUGAAUGAGAUACAAAGACAACGUGGACACAGAACUCUGCUUUUUCGUCGAUAAAACCAUCGCAACAUGGCUUCAAAGUGUCCCAAGUGUGACAAGACAGUGUAUUUUGCUGAGAAGGUGUCAUCACUGGGGAAGGACUGGCAUAAGUUCUGUCUGAAGUGUGGCCGCUGUAGCAAAACUCUGAACGCAGGAGGACAUGCUGAGCAUGAUGGGAAGCCCUUCUGCCACAAACCAUGCUAUGCUGCCCUCUUCGGACCAAAAGGUGUAAACAUCGGUGGAGCAGGGUCCUAUGUGUAUGAAGCCCCCCUCAACAAUAGCCCGACCCCAACUGACGUGGAUGCCCCCCCCAAACCUGAGGAGAAGGCGGCGUUGGUACCCAGGGCUCCUGUCAAAGCUUCCAGCAUCACUACCUUCUCUGGUGAGGCCAACCUGUGUCCCAGGUGUAACAAGAAGGUCUACUUUGCUGAGAAGGUGACUUCCCUGGGGAAAGACUGGCAUCGGCCCUGUCUCCGCUGUGAGAGGUGCAGCAAGACCCUGGCCGCCGGCAGCCAUGCAGAGCAUGAUGGCCAGCCAUACUGCCACAAGCCAUGCUAUGCUUGUCUCUUCGGACCCAAAGGGGUGAACACUGGUGGUGUAGGCAGCUACAUCUACGAGAAGGAUGUCUGCACAGAGGCCCAGCCCUGAGCUGCUGCUGUCUGCCCCGUCCAGUCCCCAGCCUCCGAGACCAACCUGACUUCUCCAAUACUACUUCCACGAUCCAACACAGUGUUAUUAUCACUAGGCUAGCCUCUAUAGCUCGUUCUAUAAGCAGCCCAGAGACCUGAGACCCCGCCACUAGCCUCUAUUUCCUCCCCUUCAACCCCUGAAACCUGUACCACCUGGCUAUGCCCACCUCAGCCUCCUAGCACAGCGACCUUCUAAAUUACAUCUUAUUUACACGUAAAAUAUAUAUAUUUAUUGAAAUCAGUGGGUCCGUAGUGAAACCAAAAGCACCACAUUAGUGUAUGUGAAUGCCAUUCUCUCUCCCCACUAAAGCAUAAGGGCCAAGAAGCCCAUUCUUCACUUUUAUGAGUUCAUGAUCAGUUUGUCAUGUUUAUGUAUAUUUACGAGUGUGGAUAUAUACGCAUUACAACCCAACAUAAAAUGUAACUUUAAGAACUGCCAUAAAACAUAUUUUAUUUUCAUUUUAUUUCUCUUUAAGUACCUUUUUAACGGGACAGUUCAGCAUAGAUCCGUUGAGGGGGAGUUUAGAGACCGGGUGAAAAGUUUAAAAUAAUCCCUCUCUGUAAACAUAACACAUUUUAGGCUUUCCUCAGAGUAGUGAUACAUGGUGUUUUAAAGGAAGGUGCUGCGUUGUCACGGUAACAUGCUGACAGGCCAGGGGUAGGGAUCUAUCUCACCUGGGAGAGAGGGAGUAGUCUGGCUACAGGUGCAGAUGGUGCUGAUCAGGACAGGAGCACUACUACAAAGACCCAGAUUUAUACUGUUUUGGCCGUCCAACUACAUUCCUGAUCAAAUGGAUGAUAUUAAAACCUCUGUCUGUGGGGUUUAGGUUUCAGAAAGAGUCUGGAUGGUGUUAAGAUAUGUUGUUUUAGGGUGGUGGGUUUUUGAGGGUAGCCUGGUUCCAGAUUCCUGUUUUGCCAAUGGAUACCAUUAGAGUUUGCUAUACAGAACAACACAUCUGGACCCAGGCUAUUCUGAGGGUCCUGUUACUGGCUUGGCAGGGUACAUUGUGUAUGUACAUUACUGUAUAGAGUUCAGGCAUGGAAUCAUUUUUAAAUUGGUUUGAUUGACACAGGAUGUAUUUAUUGAUUGGUUAAGAAUAUACCAGUAAAAUUGCAUAAGGAAAUUGCAUUGUACUACAGCUACCCCUAUGGGACAAAUGAAGGAAGGAAACUGAACAUAAACUGUUCAGUGACGAAACAUAAACUUGUAGAAUAUAGACCAUCCAAAAGCUGUCCAAGCUGUACAUUUCCAUAUGGUCAAAAUGUUAGUGUGGUGAGGAACCCUGAUGUAUUCCUCACUGACAUUAAUAUGAGCUGAAGUAUUAUAGUUGGAAGUAGCCUAUAGAACCUUUGUGUGUCUGAAAUAGCACCUUGUUCCCUAUAUAGUGGCCUGGUCAAAAGGAUUCAACUACAGGGAAUAGUGUCUGAUUUUGGACACACACAGAAUAACUGGCAGACACUACAGACAAAGCAUUCUGUUGGAAUGUGCCUUAGUAUUAUAUAUAUAAUAUGACUGUUAAUGAUUGUGAUGAUCAGUAGUUAUCUGUUUUGUGUAGUAAGGCUUUAAAACACUUCAGGACUCGCUGAAAAAAUAAAAUGGCUACACUUCUUCAGUCCUGUUGCUUCUGUCUUUUGAACCCAUGAAUUAAACUUUCUAUCUAUA